AUGCAAAUUACAGGCAAACCCCGACGACACUCUUGGGGCCGCGUCGGGGAGUGGUCUUGGGAAAGUGGUUCCGAAGGACCUGAUAGGGUAGGGAGGGGGCCGAGUGGCCAGGACGACGGCUCUGCCACCAGCGAAGGAAGGAACCGCUUGGAGGUUUCCUCUCCCCAGGCGUUAUUGUGCGCCGCGGUUCGCAAAGAUUACGUCUAUUUUGAGAACUCCUCCAGCAAUCCUUACCUGGUUAGACGGAUUGAGGAGCUCAACAAGACUGCAAAUGGAAACGUGGAGGCAAAGGUGGUCUGUCUUUUCCGGCGAAGGGAUAUUUCCAGUAGCCUCAACAGCCUGGCUGAUAGUAAUGCCCGAGAGUUUGAGGAGGAAUCAAAGCAACCAGGGGUGUCGGAGCAGCAGCGACAUCAACUGAAGCACCGAGAGCUUUUUCUUUCUCGGCAGUUUGAAUCAUUACCAGCCACUCACAUACGGGGCAAAUGCAGCGUGACCCUCUUGAAUGAAACAGAUAUCUUGAGCCAGUAUUUGGAAAAAGAGGACUGUUUUUUUUACUCGCUGGUGUUUGAUCCUGUGCAGAAGACACUUCUAGCUGACCAGGGGGAGAUCAGAGUUGGUUGCAAAUACCAAGCUGAGAUCCCAGAUCGCCUGGCAGAGGGAGAAUCUGAUAAUCGAAACCAACAGAAGAUGGAGAUGAAGGUCUGGGACCCAGACAAUCCUCUCACAGACCGGCAGAUUGAUCAGUUUCUCGUGGUGGCCCGGGCUGUGGGGACCUUCGCGAGAGCCCUAGAUUGCAGCAGCUCCAUUCGGCAGCCAAGCCUACACAUGAGUGCAGCUGCCGCCUCCCGGGACAUCACCCUGUUUCAUGCAAUGGAUACUUUGCAAAGGAAUGGCUAUGACCUGGCCAAGGCCAUGUCAACCCUGGUACCCCAGGGGGGCCCCGUGCUGUGUCGGGAUGAGAUGGAAGAAUGGUCUGCCUCAGAGGCCAUGCUUUUUGAGGAGGCCCUAGAGAAGUACGGGAAGGAUUUCAAUGAUAUUCGUCAGGAUUUCCUACCCUGGAAGUCACUUGCCAGCAUAGUCCAGUUUUAUUACAUGUGGAAAACCACAGACCGGUAUAUUCAGCAGAAAAGAUUGAAAGCUGCUGAGGCAGACAGUAAACUGAAACAGGUCUACAUCCCCACCUACACUAAGCCAAACCCUAAUCAAAUCAUUUCUGUGGGUUCAAAACCUGGUAUGAACGGAGCUGGGUUCCAGAAGGGCCUGACUUGCGAGAGCUGUCACACCACACAGUCUGCUCAGUGGUAUGCCUGGGGCCCACCCAACAUGCAGUGCCGCCUCUGUGCUUCCUGUUGGAUCUACUGGAAGAAGUAUGGGGGACUGAAGACCCCAACCCAGCUCGAGGGGGCUGCUCGGGGCACCACGGAGCCACACUCGCGAGGUCAUUUGUCCAGACCUGAAGCCCAAAGCCUCUCUCCCUAUACAACCAGCGCCAACCGGGCCAAGCUACUGGCUAAGAACAGGCAAACUUUUCUGCUCCAGACCACAAAGCUGACCCGUCUUGCCAGACGCAUGUGCAGGGACCUGUUGCAGCCGAGGAGGGCUGCCCGCCGACCCUAUGCCCCUAUCAAUGCCAAUGCCAUCAAGGCAGAGUGCUCCAUUCGACUCCCUAAGGCUGCAAAGACUCCACUGAAGAUUCACCCUUUGGUGCGGCUGCCCUUAGCAACUAUCGUCAAAGAUCUGGUGGCUCAGGCGCCUUUGAAACCAAAAACACCUCGAGGUACCAAGACCCCUAUCAACCGAAACCAGCUGACCCAGAAUCGAGGCCUGGGAGGCAUUAUGGUGAAACGGGCCUAUGAGACUAUGGCAGGGGCAGGGAUCCCCUUCUCUGCCAAUGGAAGGCCUCUGGCCUCAGGGAUUCGCUCAAGUUCCCAGCCAGCAGCCAAGCGUCAGAAACUAAACCCAGCUGAUGCUCCCAAUCCAGUGGUGUUUGUGGCUACAAAAGAUACCAGGGCCCUCAGGAAGGCUCUGACCCACCUAGAGAUGCGGCGAGCUGCCCGCAGGCCCAACUUGCCCCUGAAGGUGAAGCAGACGCUGAUUACAGUGCGGCCCGCGGUCCCUCUCCCUGCACCCUCACAUCCUGCCAGUACCAAUGAGCCCAUCGUCCUGGAGGACUGAGCAUCUGUGGGGAAGGGAGGUGGGCUGAAAUACAGAAGAUGGGUGCCUAGGGCACCCAAACUCCCUUCCCUUUAGUAUCAAAGGGAGGGAGGAUGGGGGCAAGGGAGUGUAUGUCCCUGGAGGGCUUGUGCGCCCUCUAGUGUCACCACCUCCUGACUUGUACCCAUCCCAUGCUUCUCUGUGCUUGGUGAUGGAGGGUGAACUGCAGGAACUUGGCCUAUGUGGGAACCUAGCCUGUUUGGGGAUAGGACCCACAGUUGUCUUAGACAGUUUGGGGGGGAGGGUUUUUUAAUUUUUUAAAAAUUUUGCCUCCCUUUGUGAAAGGGGUUGGGGAGGGGAAGAGGAAACAGCUAUCAGGUGGUGGUACCUGAUUGGGGGAGGGGGGCCAGCACUGCCAUGUCUUUUUUUUUUUUUUUUUUUCCUGAUUGAGGGUUUCUCUUCCUGUCCGGUGUCCGGACUUUCCUAAUUGGAACUUUGAGGCCCCUAAGCUGGCAUCAACCCCAGCCCAUGCUCGCUCUUUCCAUCCCUCCCCUUCCCCCCUGCCUUUUGUACGCCAAUUCUCAGAAAUAAAGAUCUUUUGUCCGUUUUUUUAACCUCG